AAGGCACUGCACUGACCUAACAAACAUUUUUUUCUGACAGAAUCGUGUCCAAUUAUGUCUCUGGUCACCGUCGCUCUCUUCAGCAGCAUUGUCCUUAGCUUGAUUCCUCAAACCCCAGCGGCAUAUGGGCCGCUGAACUAUGCCUGCUGUGUGAAAUACACUCGAAAAGCUUUGCCCUUCGGUGUAAUCAAAGGCUUCAUCCAGCAGAGCUCCCGCGAGGUGUGCCGCAUUGAUGCCAUCAUUUUUUUCACCAAGCGUAACAAGAAGGUGUGUGCUAGCGUUGAGGAUGGGUGGGUGAGAUCAGCACUUGCACAUCUGAAGGCCAAAAUAAACAAAUUGUCAAUGUCUGGAUCUCAACGCCACCUCAAUGUUCAAAUGAAAACAUUGAUUCACACCAGCACCACCACUACCAUGCAGCAGCACUAGCAACAGCAGACCAUGAAGAUGAUUUAAAAUAAUAAAUUUCAUUCCAUUCAUUAUUGACGGUCAUCCACAUUAUGCAAUUCUGCCUACAUAUAUUCACCCCAAAAAAAAAACUUCUGUCUUCUAAAUAACUUUAUUUUCUACUUUUUAAGUAUCAUGUAUAAUGAUAAUUCAGUCUGAAAUAAAGAGCUUUGUCCUAGAUCAAUCCUGAAAUAAACAAAUAAAACAUUAAAUUCA